AUGGCGAUGGGGCCGCGCCGGGCGCUGCUGCUGCUGCUGCUCCUCGUGGGGCCGCUGCGUGAGUCCGAGACCGCCCCUCCGCGGCUGAUGCUGGCUCCGGGAUGGGUUCAGCAUCACCCGGGUCUCUCUUCCCCCCCUCCUCCAGGCUCCCAGGUCACGGUGCCGCUGCGGCUGCCCCGCAACGCGACCGAGGCCAAGGAUGCAGUGUCCUACGUCCUCAGCAUCGAGGGGAGGCCGUACACCAUCCGCCUGCACCCGCAUGUCUUUUUAUCUGAGGAUUUCAAGAUCUUCGUGUCGAAUGAGGUGGGAGCUGCGCUCGCUGGUUCAGUCCGGUUCAAGGGAAGCUGCUACUACCAGGGCUACAUCGAUGGCUUCCCCAGCUCAGCAGUGACCCUCAGCACAUGCUCAGGGCUCAGGGGCUUGCUGCAGUUCGACAACGUCAGCUACGGCAUCGAGCCCCUGGGCUAUUCCCCUGCGUUUGAGCACCUUGUGUACCGUGUGAGGGACGGGCAGGCCGCGGGUUCCCUCCUCACCAGCAGCCGCCCCGAGGCAGGGCACGAUGGGCUGACAGCGAUGGAGGCAGCGAGCAGAGCACAGGGACGGGAUGAAGUGAGCUCCGAGUGCCGGUUGUUGCCGUGUCACACAAAGGGGGGUGUAGGAAUAAGUAGCAUUAGAGGCUCUUUUGUUUUCCAGCCACUAUCAGCUGCAGCACGAUCUCCCAAAUACCUGCAGGUGUAUGUCAUUUUGGACAAGGCUUUGUAUGACCACAUGGGUUCGGACACGAAGGCGGCGACACAGAUGGUAAUCCAGGUCUUCAAUCUGGUCAACAGUGUGUUUCAUGCUCUCAAUGUCACCAUCGUGCUGGCCUCCCUGGAGCUGUGGACACAGGGCAAUAAAGUCUCGACAGUGGGGGAAGCAGAGGACCUUCUGCAGCGCUUUUUGCUAUGGGCAAAGACCCACCUCGCUCUGCAGCCCUACGACACCGCUUACCUCUUGGUGUACAGGGACCAAGCAGCGUUUGUGGGCACAACAGCUCCAGGAAAAGCGUGUCAGAGGGAUGCUGCCGGCAUCGUGGCUGUGUACCAGGAGGCCACAACGUUGGAGUCCUUCUCUGCCCUCCUGGCUCAGCUGCUGGGCCGCAGCCUGGGCAUCGGCUAUGAUGAGUCCCCGCAGUGCCACUGCCCCGGGCACGUCUGCAUCAUGAGCCCUGAGGCGCUACACUUCAGUGGGGUAAAAGCCUUCAGCACCUGCAGCAUCAGGGACUUUGAGGCCUUCCUGAAGCACGGUGGAGGCGCGUGCCUGUUCAGCAGACCCCCCCUGACCGGUCCAUCCUCCCAGAGAGCUGCCACCUGCGGCAAUGGCAUCGUGGAGCCCGGCGAGCAGUGUGACUGCGGGCCGGCCAAGGCCUGCUUGAAGGACAAAUGCUGUACUGCAGGGUGUCAGUUCAAGCCAGGAGUGCAGUGUUCCUCUGGACCAUGUUGUGAUGGCUGUCAGUUCAAGCGCAAGCACUGGCAGUGCCGCCCCGCCGCCGAUGAGCAGUGUGACCUGGCCGAGUUCUGCACCGGGGCCUCGGCCUCCUGCCCCCCCGACCUGUACGUGCAGGACGGGCACGGCUGCGGGCUGGGCACCGGGUACUGCUACAAGGGCCGCUGCCAGUCCCCGGACCUGCAGUGCCAGCGCAUCUAUGGGAAAGGUUCAAGGAACGCUCCUGUGGCUUGUUAUGAGGAACUCAACAGCCAGCAGGACAGGUUUGGCCACUGCGGGUUGCAGCCCAGCCGAGGCUUUAAGUCCUGCUCUUGGAGGGACCUGAGGUGUGGGAAGCUCAUCUGCACGUACCCGUACAGAAAACCCUUCCCGACGGAUGUGGCUGCCGUUGCCUACGUCCACGUGCGCGGGCGGUUGUGUGUGUCUCUGAAUUACCUGCAUGCAGGAGCAAGGCUGGAUCCUACCCUGGUUCCACCAGGAGCAAAGUGUGGCUCUGGGAAGGUGUGCAUAAACGACACUUGCCAGCCACGUUCGGUCCUGGGCUAUGGCUGCGAUAGCAAAGUGAAGUGCCACGGCCACGGCGUGUGCAACAACAAGGGGCAGUGCCACUGCCACCCCGGCUGGAAGCCCCCGGAUUGCCUGCAGAGGGGAUCCCGCCUUGGGGGCAGCACCGACAGCGGCCUCCCGCUGCCCGAUGGGGGUCUGUCCCUGGCGCGGGCGAUGGAGGAUGUGGCAACGGCGUGGCCGGUGCUGGGCUCCUGCCUGCUCCUGCUCCUCCUGGCCGGGGCCAUCUGCCUCCUGAUCCGGUGGUGGGCGCUGGGCUUGUGCGGAGCACGGCCCCCGAGCACCAAUAGCAGCGCCGUCACCGCGGAGAGCAGCGAGGUCUCGGAGUGGAGCUCGGUGACGGGGCUGGACACGGACCCAGACACGGACGCGGACACGGAGCCAGAGCCGAGCGCGGGGUCCAGCCGCGGGCGUUAA